UCUGGUACUUUCGAGAUUUUUUGACGCGUGUGUUCUGACAGCUUGCCCGGCAAAUUGUGAAUAAAACUUAAAACUUUGUGCGUUAUCAGAUGGAGGACUUCAGCGACUCAGACUGUUCUAGUGAAUCGGAGCAGAUCCAUAGGAUGAUGGAGUCCAUAGGACCCGUAUUCAGGCUCCGCUCAAGCUUCAGCACACACAGCAGUUCCGUGGUGGAAAUGGCUAUGGAGAACUGCCGCACCUCGAAUAAUUAUGGGGUAUCAGAGCAAAACCACAGCACAAUCUCCGUGCUUGCUGCCAGUUCCAGUUCGGGCAUCGGUUCACCUGUUCAACCACCCAACGAGAACUCUGGCGACUCGGACAGUUCAAGCAGCUCCAGUUCCAGCGCCAGUAGCGCAUCCUAUGUGCGGCGUACAAUGGACUAUUCCAGCGACUCGGAUCCGUUCUGUUUCAGUUCCAGUGAAACCUCUUCUUCGUCCAGCAAUAGCUUCAGCUUGGGCUCCAGCUCCAGCUCUAACAUAGCCUCAACUUCAAUGGGGAGACGUAGACAUAAUGAACCGAAGUCGAAUGAGCAAGACUCCGAUUCUAGCGAGGAUUUUCCUCCGACCAAACGGAUCAGAUCCGAUGCCGGGGAGUCGUACGUGCCCUACAACUGCCCUGUGUGCCUGGAAGACGUCCGGGAGAGGGAACCAGUGUCCACUACUUGUGGCCACGUUUUCUGCAAAGACUGCAUUGAACGAGCUGUCGCCACUGGGAGGAUGUGCCCAUUGUGCGGAGUUGAUGAACCUGAAUUUCAUCGAAUUUUCUUGUAAGACGUGAUAUCAUAGAAAUAUCCAAAUAUCGUAGUAUGAUUGAAAUCAUACUACGUUUUAUUUAGUACUGCGGUUUUUGCUUAACACGUAAAACUGUGCAAUCUUGCUUAAAUUAUAAUCUAACCCAAAGAAA